CACCCUGAGUCCACACUCCAAGUCAGUUGGGGGCGAUAAUGCACCCGGAAGUCGUUUGCCAACCACCCUUAAUUUUCGAACGAAGAAGAACGAAACAUCACAAUCACACAGAAGAAGAAGAAGAAGAGCGACUUGUUUGGUAAAUGGCGGGUGCUUUGAAAGAAAAACAACUUGUGCGACAUGUUUAUGCUGCAUUGCAGGCUGCGUCCUGUCCCUUGGUGGAAGGUCUGUACCUACAGGAAGCAGACAGCAUGCUGCAGCUGCUGUGUACUCCCUCUCAGCACCGCACCGACAUACUGGCAUGGAUCUGCAGCAGUAUCAACCCAAACUUUGCCAAUUCCAAGACGAUAUCAGUGGGAUUCAAAGGCCCAGAUGUUUUAACCAAAGAAAUGGCUGUCCUCGGGCAGGAGCUGAUGCUGUGCAAAGCAGAUGAUCUGGACCUGAUCAGGGGUGAUGCAAGUCCUUACUUACAGCUUCGGUUCCUCGAGCAGCUUUUAACUUUAACACCUGGCUGCGAGCAGACCGCUGUGCACAGGGCGGAUCAAGAGAUGCUGCUCAACGAGCUCUACGCCGCGGAGAAUCUGCCUCACCUCACACAAAUGCUCAAACCCACACUCGACCCCUGGCCUUCACACAUCAAGGCUUUACACAAGGCCACCAAGUCAUCCCACAAGCCAAGUAGAGAGGGGGGUGCUGACGUUGCCACCCUUCUACAGCAGACUCAGUCAACACUGGAGCAGCUACAGUCCGAGUGUGAAUUCCUGAGCAGUGAGGCCCAGAGUCCCGGCGUCCUCUCUCCGAGCUCGUUGCGUGUGGCUGCCUGCGACCUCCAGCUGUUAAUGACUACUUUCAGCCAUGUUUUUGAAACGGACUUGAGAGCUUACUGCAGCAGAGAUCCCCCCCGCUUCAGCACAGAGACCGAUGCCUUCCAGAGAACACACCAACUACUGCUGGCCUUCAUCACGGAGCUGGAAAUGCUCAAGGAAGUGUCAGAAGCUGCAGUAUCCAUGAAUGAGGACGUCAACCAGCUACAAACACAGCCUUGCUACUGGAGCCGAGGAGAUAAGCGUAACUUACCCGACCAAUUGAAGGAACUUACAAGACGAAUUAGAGACUUUUCCUCCCUGCUUCAGUCCUGAUGGCAUCCUUGACACCUAGCAGUACACACACACACACACACACACACACACACACACACACACACACACACACAGUUCAAAAACAUCCAACCAUCAGGGUGAAUGUUGAUUGACUGCUGGAGUGAGCAAAGCAACAGAAUGUAGUACUAAUGAGAGAGUCUGAUCUAUCGUUGUUAAAAUGUUAAAUGUCAAACAGAAUUGUGACCAAAAAUGAGUUUGUUGUUUGAUUUUACAAAGGUUGAAGGUGCUCUAAACAAUGUCACACGGUUAUUAGGCUACAUUUUUUUGUCACAUACAGCCCACAUCUCCUCACUAUCCUGUCCCCUGAACACACUGUAUAAAAAAAAUUUAAAAAAGUCGGUCUCUAUAGACAGCCCCAGCUCCAUAAACCGCAACAAAAACAAACUCGGCCAACCUGCACUAUGAACCAUAAGUGUUCCAGCCUAUAACCGACAAGACAAGUCAUCACUGUAGCAUUGUUUGCACGUAGGCUACUUCCACAAUGCCCGUUCAUAACUCAACCAACUCCUUUUUUACCGUUAUAGGUUGUUAUGGCUCGAAGCGCAGGUCGGCGCGGUUUGUUUUUGUGGAGCUCGGUUGUCUACGGAGACCGUGUUUUUUUGUUGUGUUCAGGGAACAGGCAGCAAACAGUGACAUGUUUGCUGUAUGUGACUAAAAAAUGUUGUAGCCUAAAAAAUGCGCAACAUCGCUUCGAACAGCUUUUAAACCGUAAACGGGAUCAGUUGCUCUGAAACAUUUCAGCAGAACUCGUGUGUGUAUCCGUCUUAGAACUAAAAUUGUUUAUUACUCUUAACUUGAGUAUGUCUGAGGUGUUAGGCAGUUUUUUUUUAAUAAUCAUUCACAUCACAAUACUAGCCACACUUUAUUCCAUGUAGUUAAUAAUAAUGUCUAUACAGUAAUAGACAGAGGGGUUUGUUUUGUUGAUGAUUGUAAAAUCUGAAUUCAACGUCCCUCCUUUUUUCCCACCCCAACUUGUAUUGUCCUUUCCACUUCUCUAAAUGUUCAUAUUGUAUUUCUGAAUAAAUAUGUUUUAAACUUCA